GCCAUGAACGUAGUCACAGGCUUAAUAUGAAGGCGUCGGCGCGUCACUUUUACUGCUAGUGUUACUUGUAGAAGGAAGGAGAUUGGGAACAUAACAGAGAGAAAAAGACAGGUGAACUAGCAGCAAUAGAUUGAGUAAGGCUCGCAACGAUAGAGCUGAGUGUGUUAAAACUUACAGGAUUGUUAAAGCUGAUGCAAACACAAAGAUUAUCGGGAUUGCAACGAUGUGUUUUGACAGCUGAUCUGAAGAUUUGCUCCCUUGUGUAAAGGAGACAGACAGAGAGGUUUGUUUUAACAAAUACAAGAGGCUUUCCUGCCAAAACAUUGGAGACUUCAGCGCUGUGAGUCCGGAUAAAGCUGAAUGCAAGACAGGGGCAGCUUGAACAGUAACCCUGAGCCGUGGUCAGUGGCAGCACUUAUGCACUCGGCUUCAGCUUGCGAGAUGAACUCCGGCAAUGCCAAAGAUUACCUUUCCAAAAAGGAGAUACCUCAACUGUUCGAGAGCAUGUUGACGGGGCUGAUGUACUAUCGGCCUGAUGACCCGAUUGAGUACCUCGAGGGAUGUUUGCAGAGAGUUCGAGAGCUGGGAGGCCUGGAGAAAGUGAAGUGGGACAUGUUUAUUACCCAGGAGCGUCAGCCUUUGCCCCCAAUUAACGGUGGGCAAGGGAAGAAGCCAGUAUUCCGAUCAGAACCAAACGUUGCUCCUUAUCGUCGCUAUGACCGUCUGCCUCCAAUCCAGGCUCAGUUUUCAAUUGAAAGUGACUCUGAUAUGACAGAAUCAUCUGGGCUGAUUCAAGAAUAUGAGGUGUUUGACCGAACCAAGGCCAGGCCAUGCAUUAUUUUUGUCAUUGGUGGUCCUGGGAGUGGGAAGGGAACACAGACGGCCAAGAUGGCUAGGCAAUAUGGAUUCGAGCCCGUUUCGGUGGGAGAGAUCUUACGUCGACAGAUGCUGCACCAUGCCACCAGUGACCGCAAGUGGGAGCUCAUUGCACAGAUCAUUGCCAAUGGGGAGUUGGCUCCUCCAGAGACAGCUAUUGAGGAGCUAAAGCAUCAGUUUAUGAAGCACCAGGAUGCAAAAGGCUUCAUCGUGGAUGGGUUUCCCAAGGAGAUCAGCCAAGCGUUUACAUUUGAAGAGCAGAUUGGUUCCCCCGACCUGGUUCUGCUGCUGGCCUGUUCCAACCACCGCUUACGACAGCGCCUGGAGAAGCGAGCCGUGCAGCAGGGUAGGCCAGAUGAUAACAGUCAUGCCAUCGAGCGCAGGGUGGAAACCUUCAAACAGAACAUCAACCUGAUCGUGAAGUAUUACCAGGAGAAAGAGCUCAUUGUUCGGUUGGACGCAGAUCGUGAGGAGGAUGAAAUAUUCUGUGACAUCAAUGCUGUGGUUUUGAAGAGACUGUUCCCAGCAGGAAGAGACGAGCUGGCUGGGCAGGAGAUGCAGCGGGCCUGUGACAAGGGAGUGAGAGAAGGGGACUGGCUGGAUGUACAGACGGAAGGCUCGUCACCCACAGAGGACACCGCAAUGGCAGAUAAACUGAAAGAUUGCAAGAUUAUCUUUGUUGUUGGUGGCCCGGGAUCCGGCAAGGGAACUCAGUGUGAGAAGAUUGUACAUAAAUAUGGCUACACCCACCUAUCCACUGGGGACCUGCUGAGGGCAGAGGUCAGUUCUGGCUCGGAAAGAGGGAAGAAUUUCCACAAAAUUAUGGAGGGAGGAGAACUCGUGCCUCUGGAAACUAUCCUGGAAAUGCUGAAGGAGGCUAUGAUUGCAAAAGCCGAUGUCUCAAAGGGCUUCUUGAUCGAUGGCUACCCUCGGGAAGUGAAGCAAGGCGAAGAAUUUGAGAAGCGGAUUGGGCCUCCCUCCCUGCUCUUGUACAUCGAUGCUGGAAAGGAGACAAUGAUCAAACGGCUCCUGGGACGAGGAAAGACUAGUGGGCGUGCUGAUGAUAAUGAGGAGACCAUCACAAAACGCCUGGAGACCUAUUACAAAGCAACUGAACCAGUCAUCAACUUCUACCAGCCCAGGGGCAUCAUUAGGAAGGUAAAUGCAGAGGGUACAGUGGAUGAGGUCUUCGCUCAAGUUUGUGCUGCUCUCGAUGCGUUGAACUGAACGGGGCACUGAAGUGUCUUAACAAUGUCCCUCCUCUCCCUUUGGCCUCUGGAGAAGCCUUUAUCCUCCUGGGGUCACUUUCAGUCAAUCAUGGACAUUGUUACAAAGAAAGCGGCUUCAUUGGUUAAACUGGGAAUCCAAAGGCUUCACAUCUGAAAAUUUGAUUGGGUCCAUUUUUGCAUAUUGUGGUGGCAUUGCAAGUGAUUGGGCGAUACCCAACUGAACCAUAAAUUUACGUCUUCAAUCAUGGAUCACUGAACACCAUCUCCCACUGAAGAGAACGGGAUCCAGUGGCACUGGAGAUCAGUACAACCCUCUGCACAAGCAGUUGCUUGACCCUGGCUCUCAUUGCUCUGCACCCCCAGCGCCUACCUACUACCAGGAGGGAAAUGGGCGCAGAUAUGCCAUUGCCCUUUUUGUGUUCUCCGUAGGUUAUCUGUCGAGAAGAAUCAAUCGCAGUGAAGUACUCAAACUCCCUACAAGACAUUUUGCUUUACUGGAGAUUGCAAUCACUUAUGGCUAGUUUCUGUAUUUGACAGUUUCUGCCACUUUAUGGAGAUUCUGAUUUCCCAGUCGUGGUCAAGUCAGUAAUUUAGUCUAAAACUGUCAACAUGUCACAGAGUGUUAAACUGCUCUAUUUUGUGUGAAGAUUGUUCUGAGUGAACAAUAUCUUGCCACACUUCAGUUUUUGAUCUGCUGUCUGGAGUGGGCAGCUGGGAUUGAAUCUUUUCCUGUGCUAAACAGUUUUUUUAAGGGGUUGAUGGGCGGCAGGGACAUGGAGGGUGUUCCAGUUUGUAGAUGAUGCCAUUAAAUUUAACCCCAAAUUGGACAAUGCUCCAUCUAUCCGAACAUCUGAAAUAGUCACUAUUGCAUGUCAAAUCCAAACUCCAGCAACAUUUUAGCUACUCUUGUACAGCUGAUCUUAUUGUCACCUCUUCUUCUUUUUCCAUAUUUUAAAAUCAGUUUGUUUUUGCCUGUUUAAUCUGUUGGUACCCUUUUCUUUUAAUGAGCUUCAGAAAUCAUUAUUAAAAUAGGUCACUUCCCACUGUGCUUUUCCCAUUUUCUUUUAAUGUGAGGGAGAUUGUGCCCUUCAUCAGCUCCUCCAAUCUUUAAUAAGAAAAAACUGCCUUCUCAUUGCAAGCAUCAUCCAGCCAAUCCAAAUACCUAACUUGAUGGUUGACAUUGGAUCAGGCCAAUCAUUGGUAUGACAGAAUUGUGGGUGGGGCUUUGCUGAAGGAGCCUGUCUCAGAGCCCAAAACCAGCCAGACAAAUCGGAAAUUGCAGAAGACCAUUCAGCCCAUCAUGCCUGUUCUGCCAUUCAAUGCAAUCUUGGCUGGUCUCUAUCUUGGAUGUGGAUGUUGGACUGGGAUGGACAAGGUCAGAAAUCACGCAACACCGGGUUAUAGUCCAACAGGUUUUAAAAACACACAGGCUUUUGGAGUCUUACUCCUUCUUCAGAUUAAUGAGAGAGGUAGUAUCAGUCACAGAAUUUAUAAGUAAAGGAUCAAAGGGUCACACCACUGAUGUGGAUGUACAUAAUAAAACCAGUCCGACUCCAAACCAAAACACAGAUUCUAAGCAAGGCGAAACAUCUAAUAUGCAUUGACUGAUCUAAUAUGUCACCUCUUCUUUACACUGAUAAAACCUGUAUUUCUCUCAGGACUGUGACUUCAAAAGAAUUUGGGGAUUUACAUAUACAAACUAAUCAAUUAAAACAAUCUAACUGAUUAAAGAAUUAACAGCAUCUUAGGUUUGUUUAAUACAUCUUCAAAGGGUCACACCACCGAUGAACUUUUACUUAUAAAUUCUGUGUCUGACACUACCUGACUCACUAACAUCUGAACAAAAGGUAAGACUUGUGUUUUCAAAUAAACCCAUUGGAUUAUAACCUGGUGUCAUGUGAUUUCUGGUCUGUAUCCUAUCACUAUCCAGCCACCUUGACUCCAUAUUCUUCAGUGCCCUUGUGACUUAUUAAUGAAGUUGUAAACAGUUAUUAUCAAACAAAGCACUGUAUUCACUGAGAAACGAAAUCUUUGUACCCUAACCAAAGUUUGCUUUCGCCAGUUUUUGUUGAGAUAGUAACUGAAGUUAAACAAAGGAUUUAGGAGCAGGGAUGGGCCAUUCAGCUCAAUGAGCCAGCUCUGUCAUUCAAUAAGAUCACGGCUGAUUUGAUUUCUGCCUCAGACCCACAUUCCUGCCUACUUCUGAAAACCUUGAGUUUCUUCAACACAGUGGAUGUCGGAAGCAGAAAGGAAUGCGAAGUUUGGCAUUCUGUCAAUGGUUACCUUUUUUUUCCCUGACCUAGGCCUGUAUUUAUAUAUUCCAUUUCAUAUUCCUUGGAACUCCUUUCCCCUUUUUAAGGAGAGUCAUUGGAGACUCUAAGCCAAUUUUCCAUUUAAAAGAAGUCAGUAAUUUUCCACUAUAUACAAUCUAACAUGGGAAGCAGAGACCUUUCUGUGCUAAUAUCAAUCCAGUUACAGAGUAUCUGUGUAUCAUAUUCUCAGAAUAAAUUUUAAGCAGCCUGACAGUUACAUAUUUUUAUUUUGAGGCAAAGUUGUGAGUGCAGUCCUUUACAGGGCUCUGCAUCACUGUGCAUGGUCAUAGAUCAAAGCAAGAAACUUACAUAACAAGGCAAGAAAUUUACAGAUGAAAUAUAACUUUCUGUCCAUAUAAAAUCUUAGCAAGGGCAAUCCAUACCCCCAAUUGUUAAAUAACACUUAAUUCUUUUUAUUUUCCUUUUGUAAACACACAUUGCUUUAAAGCCUUGUAUGGUAUUUAGAUGGGUGAGCCAGUUUGGGCUGGAGUGGGGUGGGGACAGUGGUGAAGCCACAAUGUCAUUGUGUGAAACAGAAUCCAGAGUGACCAUUUUCUAAUAAAUCUUACUGUGGAUUAUUGGUAAAAAGAACAUUAAACUGCGCUUGUAUGAAUUUUCUUUGGUGUUCUUAAUUCAACUGUUAAUGAUUAAUGCCUUUGUUAUAACAGCAAAGAAUUUCAAACAGUCCUCUUGAUGUGUUCAACACCAAUAUCACACAUUGUGAGUUCAAAGCAUUAGUAAUUUGUAGAAGUAUUCGAACCAGUUGUAGAUGUGCAACAUUUUUGUCUUCCCAUGUUGUCAACCAGACCAGUAAUUUUUUUUUCCUUAAUACUGUUACAAACAAAGCCAAAUAUGUACCGGUAUUUAUUGGAGCCUCAACUCAUCAUUGGACUGGAGGAGGUGAUUGAAUGUAAAUUUAAUAAAACAGAACUGACCUCACCAAUA